AUGUUAAGAGCAAGAUUACUAGAUACAAUCAAUUCCCCAGGAAUAGCAUCCAUUUUGCCUAUUGAUCAGUCUCGAAGAUUAGUGUUAGUCAAAACAAAUGGUAACAUUGAGGUGUAUUCUAAAGAAGAUAAGAGAUUAAAACUUUUUCAAACAUAUCCAAAAUUAUUACAGGAUAUCAACACCAAUAACAGCGCAGUACGAGAUUUGUUUUACUCUGAAGAAUUGUCAACGGUGUUUGUGCAAUAUGAUAAUGUUAUUGCGCUUCUGAAUGGUACAAAUUUUCAUCUUUACGACAGAAUAACAGACAAGAGAACUAUAUUAAAAUGUUGGCUCUUAGAGUCCCAGCAUGAUAAAACAACUUAUCUAAUUUAUCAGACUAAAGAAUAUUCUAAGAUAAGAGUACUUAUUUGGCACAAUAGAACUUAUAAAACCGUGUUAGAAACUCAUCUUCAUAGUAAUAACGAAAUCAUGAAAUCCGUUGAUUUCGAUAAAAUGGGAUUAUUAAUAACCACAAAUAUUGGAAUCUAUUUCUGGCAACUUGGUCCUCAACCAAAAUUCGCUAAACUCGAUAAAAACUUCGUGAAGUUGAAAUAUCCUAAUGAUUUGGUAUCAUUGUUAAAUGAACUACAGGGCCAAACGCUCAAGAUCCGCCCAAGCAAACAAAAGAAGGCAAAGCCGGAGCUUUACAAUAAGGGCAAAAUUAGUAAUGAUAAUCAUUCCACAAUUUCGAAAUCUAGUAAAAUAUCUGCCAAAUCAAGCUUUUCUAAUCUCUGGAGAAGAAAAGAUGAAGUGACUACCCGGAAGAAACAAGUUAAUAAUAUAGCUGGGAUAAGAUAUGCGUUCCAUACUGAUUACGGUAAAUCACCGGUAGUGUUAGACCAAAUAACACAAAAUUUAUUUCAAUUAGAGAUUCUGCAUGGAGAUGGUUCUGAUUCGCCAUCCACGCCCUCUUAUAAAAUGAUAGUACAUGAUCAUUCUGAAUUUUUUAAACACUACUCAAUGUUUUCAGAUGUACAAUAUAUCGAAACUAAUAUUUUAAUGUUGAACAACUACGAAGAUAUCAAGUUUGUGGAUUGUAACAGCGGGUUUACCUUCCUUGAUCAGAAUAUAUCCGAAGGUAUCAAAUCGGUUAAACUUGCAAAUGACACUGUUUUUUUGGUAUGGACUGAUGACGACCAGAUUCAAUUAUAUGAGUACCAGGUUGAUGAUGAUGUUAGAAGUGCUAUACAAGGGGUAAAUGAUUCGCAGAAUGACAGCAAUUCAGAAGUCUUUUCUCUCUGUAGUCAAUUAAAUACAGAAUUUGAAGAUCUCUGGAGAAAAGUCCUAUUUUAUAAAUUCUUUUUGAACUCCUCAAAUAGCAUUAUCUUGUGCAAUUCUAGUAAUCCGCAAGAAUCAUUGAAUAUAGCGGCCAUGAAAUUGAGGGAUCUAACAGUUAUGUGGUGCCUGGAAAUUUUCGAACAAAUGAAAAGCUUACUAGAUGAUCUGACACGAUACAGUAUAGAAAUAACAAACAUACAGAAUCUCAUUAUUAGAGAUAUUUUUACUUCAUUUAUUGAAUUUUGGGCCCCACCUGAGCUAAUAAUAUUGAAAACAUUCCCAUUUCGACUAUCACGUCUAGUUAGCGAUAUAACGGGGGAAGAUCAUCAAUGCUUAUUUCAAGAUAAUGAGGUUCAGAAUGACAAUAAAACUAAAAGUACAACAUAUGAGAUCCCAGCAAAAGUUUUUACAGAAUGGUGUAUACCUUAUCUGGUAGAAAUGCGAAGGCACAUGAAAAAUUUGAUGAUUAAUAAAGAAAAAGGUAUCACUUGGAAAUAUCAAGAUAGAAGCAUUCAGGAACAUUUUGACUUUUUCUUACUAAAUGAUCAUAAAUCACCAACAAUUGAAACCAUGCUCGAAUUACUAGAUACAGUGUUAUUUGAAGCAUACCUACAGUAUUUACCAACAAUGUUGGGUCCUUUCGUAAGAGUCUCUAAUAUGUGCAAUGAGAAGAUUGUUGCAAGGGAUUUACGAGAACAUCACCUCUUUGAGGAGCUGAUUGAUUUCUACUUCCAAAGAGGCAGACAUACGGAAGCACUUGAAUUUCUAACUUCAGAAUUUUUCAACGAGGCAGAAACAGGAGCUACAAGAGAUGAAAUAAAAGGAAAAAUCAAGAUAUUAGUGAUUGCCUACUUGACAAAAGUACCAAGUGACUUUUUGGAUAUAAUUUUCAAAUACACAAGCUGGCUAUUAGAGAAUUUCAAAGCUACUACUGACGAACACGAAGACAUACUCGCCUCUAUACUAUUUAGGGAUUCUCCACUAAAGCAAAAAACCUAUUACCUGAAGAUUUAUGACUUCAUCAAUAUUUAUAAUCAGGCGCUUUCGAUGAAGUAUUUAGAAUUCAUCUUUAGCACUGGAAUAUCAGAUUCCGCCCAUUUGCAUACAAUUCUUAUAAGAAGAUAUUUGCAAGAGAUAAAUAAUACAAGAAUUAGAGCGAAGCUCAAAUCAAUGCUCGAAACGACUAUAUUUUAUGAUCCUCAAAACGUACUAGUUUUGCUGGAAGAAAUGCUUGAUAAGACAGAUUUGAGUGAUGACCAAAGAAGUUUCCUAAAUUUACUCAGAACAUAUCCACUCAAUAGAUUGGGAGAGCAUGAGAAGGCAUUGAAUAUACUAUACGUCGAAUUGUCUAGUUAUAGCAAUGCAUCCUCUUAUUGCGAAAAGCUCUAUCAUAUUGAGGAAAAAGAAGGCAUUCGUGUAUUGAUGUAUUGGUAUCAAAAGUUAAUUGAAGAAUAUGGGCAAAAUUCUGACGGGGAAGCGGAAAAUCAAACUAAAUCAGCCACUGAGUUGAUAAAGCGAUUUUUGAAAGAUCACUCUAGAAAGCUUGAUGCCACUGCAGUUUUGAAGAUACUUCCGAAAACGAUCUCGAUGGAUGAUCUAGGCGAUAUCCUCAUAGAAAUUGUUAAGUUUAAUUCUAUUAAAAAAAAUGACUUACGCAUAGUAAAAAACGUUUUACAAGUUGAAUUGGUGAAUAAGUCUAAAGAACUGAACGAUUUUUUGUCUACCAACGUGAAUUUGACAGAGAUGUAUACAUGUCCUGUCUGCAAUAAGACAUUUUCGUCAUUUACUGUUGAUAGUAUAUUUUGGUUUGAUAUGCCUAACGAUAAAAAAUGUGUGGUACAUUACAACUGCGGAAGAGUGUUACAAUCAAGAUUAGAAGCUAAUAUUCAACGUAAAAAAAGUAUCCAAGAGAAGUUUCCGAACUUUCUUCAAAUUGUUAGGAAAUGUUGUAGCCGGCUCAAAGGUGUACAUAGUAUCAAAUAUUCGUCGAAAGCCUCGGUUUUACCUCAAGACCAUCUUAAUUUUCUUCCAACAAAGCGUAUAUAA